AUGACAAUGUCUUCUGCUUACAAGAGAUUGAUGCAAGAAUAUAAAGAACUCACCCAGGAUCCACCAGAGGGCAUAACAGCGGGUCCUCAAGAUGAAGAGAAUCUAUUUAUAUGGGAUGCAUAUAUCAUGGGUCCUAGUGGUACAGAUUACGAACAUGGUGUAUUUACAGCAACACUCACUUUUCCACAAACCUACCCUAUUAGCCCACCUAAAAUGAAGUUCACCACCGAAAUGUUUCAUCCCAAUGGUAAUAACAACAACGUUUUCUAUUCAUCUAUAGAAUUCACUGCUGCUGCUGCUGCUGAUAACACUGUUUACUUACAAUCAUUAAACAAACUUUACAAUUAUAUAGUAUAUCCAAAUGGUGAAGUAUGUAUAAGUAUAUUACAUGCACCUGGUGAAGAUCCGAAUCACUAUGAAACUAGUGCAGAGAGAUGGUCACCCGUUCAAUCAGUAGAAAAGAUUUUAUUGUCUGUAGUUUCAAUGUUUUCAGAACCAAAUGUAGAUAGUCCCGCUAAUAUAGAAGCUGCAAAACUUUGGAGACAAGAUAGAGAUGCAUAUAGAGAUAAAAUAAAACAGAUCGUACGGAAGUCUUUAGAAUUAGAAAUUUAUUAA